AUGGCAUCGCUUAGUCCUGAGCAACUUGCGGAGCUUGACAAGCUCAAUGAUGAAGAAAAAUAUGAUGAAAUCUACAACAAAUUAAAAAGGUCAGAUGGGAAUUACAAAGAUAUGGGAUAUGAAGAACUGUGGAGACUUGGAAGAGUUACCUGUUUUAAAGUUGAACUUAGUAAAUGCCAGAACGACAAAAAUCGCAGGUUGGCGUGGAUUAAAGAAGGUCUGGACGCAAUGAAAAUAGCCGCUGAGAAAUUUCCAAAUGAGUGUCUCAGCAACACGUGGUAUGGCAUACUUUUGAGUCUUGAUGGAGAAGAGCAUGAUACAAAGACAAAAAUUAAACAGGCCUACAUUAUCAAGGAAUAUUUUGAUGUAUACUUUGUUACGCUUCAAAGUCUAGGAACAUGGUUAGCCUCUUUUGUUUUAGCGAGUUUGGGCAGUAUUGAAAGAAAAAUUGCCUCGUUUCUUUUUGCUACGCCACCCGUUUCCACAUUUGAAGAUGCUCUAAAGUACUUUUUAGAGGCCAAUGAAGUUAAACCAUCGUAUCCGCUUACGGUUUGUCGAAUUGCCCAAUGCUAUUGGAAAUUGGGCAAUAAAGAUGAAGCAAAAAAAUUUGCUGAAGAAGCUCUUAAACUGAAAGCGACUGAUGGUGACAUUAUAAAAGUAAGUUGGUGCAUUUCCACUUAA